CAGUGGCUGAAGCCAUCCUUACGCCUGGAAGGACCCCCUGAAAGACAAUCUGAUUUUGGUGAUCUAGAAUGUUCCUGCAACUCCGCUCUGAACAGCAGGGGGCAGUCUGGAAGCAGGAAGGAUGCCUGUUCAGGUGGGACCCAUGGCCAGGUUUCUCCUGCUGACUGUCCUGAUGACUCACCCCAUCCCAUCCCAGCCCUUUUACCUUUAAGGAAGAGCCGGAAAGGGUGUGGAGAAGAGGAGGAGGCAGGGCCCAGGCCCGCCCAGGCCACUCCCAAACCCUCUCCAGGCCCUGCCACCCCAGCCAAAAGGCAGGACCCAGAGCAAGAGAGGCACAGAAUCCAGCAUUGGUCUCAAGGCAGCCAGUUCACCCCCCUGUCUGUCCUCGGAGUCAUGGAGAGAGCCAGUCUGAUCCAGAAGGCCAAGUUGGCCGAGCAGGCGGAACGCUAUGAGGACAUGGCAGCCUUCAUGAAGGGGGCCGUGGAAAAGGGUGAGGAACUCUCCUGCGAGGAGCGAAACCUGCUCUCCGUUGCCUAUAAGAACGUGGUGGGCGGCCAGAGAGCGGCCUGGAGGGUCCUGUCCAGCAUCGAACAGAAGAGCAACGAGGAGGGGUCGGAAGAGAGAGGCCCCGAGGUGAAAGAGUACCGGGAGAAGGUGGAGACGGAGCUCCAAGGGGUGUGCAACACCGUGCUGGGCCUGCUGGACUCCCACCUCAUCAAGGAGGCUGGGGAGGCAGAGAGCCGCGUCUUCUACCUGAAGAUGAAGGGUGACUACUUCCGCUAUCUGGCCGAGGUGGCCACCGGAGAUGACAAGAAGCGCAUCAUCGAUUCUGCCCGGUCGGCCUACCAAGAGGCCAUGGACAUCAGCAAGAAGGAGAUGCCGCCCACCAACCCCAUCCGCCUGGGCCUGGCCCUGAACUUUUCUGUCUUCCACUACGAGAUAGCCAACAGCCCGGAGGAGGCCAUCUCGCUGGCCAAGACCACCUUCGACGAGGCCAUGGCCGAUCUGCACACUCUCAACGAGGACUCCUACAAGGACAGCACACUCAUCAUGCAGCUGCUGAGAGACAACCUGACGCUGUGGACAGCGGACAGUGCUGGAGAAGAGGGUGGAGAAGCGCCAGAGGAGCCCCAGAGCUGAAGCCGUCUGCUCCCUCCCCGCCCUGCCUUGCCCUCCGGUCCCCAGUCUGCAGAGAGGACUAACAGGGAGUGAGAGCCGGCCCUUCCCAAACCCUGAACGUUCUGCCACACCCUGAAACGCGCCCUGGAAGGGGUGCAGCCAGGCUGACGGGCUGGAGACCCCACUCUUCAUGCAGCUGUCUGGUGGGUGUUCCUAACACUGCCCACCCCCCCACCCCCGCCCUCUGCACCCCAACUUCCUUACAAAUGCUCCGGAACCUGUCCUCCGCCCUGUGCCUCCUUCUGUACCCGUUGCUUCUAGAGCCUAGGAAUGGAGGAGGCUCCCACCACUGUGGCUGAGAACUGGACUGUGGCAAGGGCUGUGAGUGUGUGUGUGUGUGAGUGUGUGAGUGUGUGAGAGAGAAUGAGAAGGAACACAUGUUUGCUGGGUGUGACCAUGUUUCCUCUCAAUAAAGUUGCCCU